GCGCGUUGCUGCUGUGUCCUCCCAAAACAAAACGGUAACUUGUGGGAUUUAACUUCUUGUGUUGAUCAUUGCCAGCAAUCGGAUCUGCCCCUUCAACAUGAACCUGCUGUGACCUCGGUUAAUUAAGUAAGACGUGCUGAAGCAGUGCUUCCCACCCUGAGGCCCACAUGUGUAUCAUCUUCUUCAAGUUCGAUCCUCGCCCUGCCUCCAAGACUGCGUACAGGCUGAUUUUGGCCGCCAACAGAGAUGAACUUUACAACAGGCCAUCCAAGAUUGCACAUUUUUGGGGAAUCAACAACGAGGUGCUCAGCGGGCUAGACUUGGAAGAAGGGAAGGAAGGAGGGUCAUGGCUUGGGAUCACGAAGAGGGGCAAGUUUGCAGCGCUGACCAAUUACAUGGAGGCCAAACAGAACCCUGAUGCCCAGGGCAGAGGGUUUUUGGUAUCAAACUUCUUGACAGAGAAUGUGGACAGCUAUUCCUAUCUGAAGAAAGUAUCUUCUGAAGGGCAUCUGUACAAUGGCUUUAAUUUGAUCGCUGGGGAGUUCAAGGCCAAAGAAGACACAGUUUGUUACUAUGGAAACAAAGGAAACCCUGCGCCCAUCUUUCUCAAACCAGGUAUUUAUGGGCUCAGUAACUCCCUCUUGGAAACACCGUGGAAGAAGCUGCAAUAUGGGAAGAGGAUUUUCAGCAGCGUGAUCGAUCAGAACCUGCCCCCUGAGCGCAUGGUACAAGAGCUUCUGCACAUCCUGAACAACGAAGAGUCACAACUGCCAGACCCAACUCUUAAGAGCCAGGUGGAAGGAUAUCGCCUCUCAACACUUCCUGCUCUGUCAGCAGUAUGUGUUCGAUCUCCAAAUUAUGGCACAAGGACUAACACCGUGAUCCUCAUUGACUCAAAUGGGAAUGUCACUUUUACAGAGCGCACCAUGCUCAACUCGGACAUCAGCCAGUGGAAAACAAGUUCUUUCAAUUUUAAACUCCUUGACUGAGGGAGGAUGGGAGGCUGCAUGUUGAGUUUAGGCUGUGGAGGAGAUAAUCUGUGCCUUUCUGAGCUACAGCGCAGGCCACAGGCUUGGGAAAACAUGCUAUAUCUUUUUUAAACGGCAUCCUACUCAAUCCACUCAUUAAAAAUUAAUAUCUGUA